AUGGGCGUGAUCAGCUACGGUAGCCGUGUCGCAGCCGUAAUUCGCCGCACACGUGUUCUGUGUCAUCAGAGGGCGAGGCUAACCAUCCUUUUCAGUGUCAGGCUAAGACACACAAAACUGCAUAGCAAUGCCCCCAAUUAUCACUACCAGUGUGGGGUGCCUGACUGUUCACAGAGGUGCAAGAACCAGUUCCGAUAUGAAGUUAACGAUGGUAAAGACAAACCAGCAGACCUCUCUCCCAGCAGCGACAAGCUCAGUGGGCAUGCAGUUCAGAACUGGUGUUUGCUUAGACUUCUCCCACUCAUGGUGGGUGACAGGAUUAAAGAUCCCUGCGAAAAUGAGGUGUGGCAAAUGAUUUUGCAGCUGAGGGAGAUUGUUGAGCUCAUCUGUGCACCGGUCAUUACGGAGGGCCAGGUUGCGUAUCUUAAAGUCCUCAUAGAGGAGUACAUAGACAACAGGACAAGGCUUUUCCCCAAUGCCCCCCUCAGACCAAAGCACCAUUAUCUGUGCCACUAUCCAUCUCUCAUCAUCCACUUUGGCCCACUUAUUCGCCUAUGGACACUCCGAUUUGAGAGCAAACAUACAUUUUUUAAACAGUGUGCCAGAAAAUUGCACAAUUUUAAGAAUUUGUGCAAAACUCUAGCAGAGAGGCACCAACUUCUACAAGCGUACUUGAGUGCAGGAAACUUGUUCCCUCCACUUGUACAAGCAGAAAAGGGUACUGAUUUUCAUGUUGACGAUUACAAUGACAGGAUCAGGGCAUCUGUAGCCAGUUGUCCAUUCCAGUUACAGUCGGCAGUGGCUUCUAACUAUGUUACAGUCAAAGGCACAGAUUACAGAAGGGGGAUGCACAUUUUACUAGAGAACAGUGAUGAAGGGCUUCUUAUUGGGAAGAUUAUGCUAAUUAUUGUUGUUCAUAAUUCGGUCUAUUUUGUCUCAGAGAAACAUACUUUUGUAAAGUUAUGUGACACAGGUGUGUACUGUGACCUAGGAGUGGCCCAAGACAAUUAUGUGUGCAUUAAGCAGGAAGAUCUACUGGACUACUAUCCUCUUUCAGCAUACAAUGUAGGCAGUAUGAGCAGGGAGGAAAGUGAGGAUACAGGAUAUGUGAGGAGAGAUGCCAAGGAAGCAGUGAUGUCAUACUUGCCUGAUCUCCCUGAUGACCUUCUUACCACCAUGCUGGAUGAGCUUGGGGUCGAGUCUAUUGAAGAUCUGACCUUGGUGGAGGAGAGGGAUCUGGUGAAAUACCUCAAACCUAUCCAAAGUCGGAAGUUAAUGAAGGGCAUCAAGGACGGACUUGCUACUCUUAAUAUGGAGUUGGUCUCUGCUCCUGAUCCAAGUGCUCCAAGUUCCCCAACUCCCUGUUCUCCAAACACAACAUUCCAGCCUCCAAAUCAGCUGUUGCCCAGCCCUCCAAGCACGUCAAGCGCUUUACAGUCUGGCAUACCAUGGCAUGUUGACUUUCGUCUCAACUGGGACCAGGUGUCAUCAGCCAUUCGACUUAGAGUGGAAAAAGAAGAAAGACCAUUGCCAGACGAGAGAAGGGCCUUUGUGGCCAUGCUCGUGGACCAAAUGAUGCAGCAUGACCGCAACCCAACCAGAGCCAUGUGCCACAGCGUUGUGAGAAACAUUGUCAGGAGCCAUCCAAAAUCAUUUGGCGACAUUGGCAAGUAUGGUGAUACUGCUGGAGACGGAUGUCACUCUCUUCUGCAACAAGUAAAAACAAGAGUGGAGUAUAAAAAUAGGAAUAAAACUCUUGCUCAACGCCGCAGAGAAAGAAGACCACGCACGGGAAUGGCAGGAGAGGCCAGACUGGCAAGAGGUCCUGUUGACCAAUACGGGUGUGUCAGGUGGGGCCCAGCAGAUUUGCCAGAGGGGGAGACUGAGGCAACGUUGGAGAAUAUAAAGAGGGAUCUGCUGAACAUCUACUCAGAGGAAGGAAUGAGUGGGGCAGAGAGAGCAGAACCAAUGAUGGAAAAGACAUAUGUCAUCCUGCGGAAAUACCUUAACAAAGUGCCUUCUGCAGCAAUGUCUGAGAUCAAACAGGAAUGGCCAUUUCUCUUCUCUCAGAAAUGCCUAUUCUCGCACUUUAACCUUCUGACGGACGUCAAUGUCCUUCAGAAGCUACAGGAGGCAAUUAGUCGACGAGGACAGACCAUCCUGGAUUACUGUGCAACACUGGACAACCCCAAGAUCCGUGAUGUUCUGGCCUGCUAUGAUCCAGACUCUGACAAGGCUGCCUGCAUCCUGCUGCUCCUAAUGUUGUACUUCAGAGAGCCGAAAGAGAGUUUGAUGCUUGAAGUUGAUCCAUGUGCCACUGCUGUGGACGUCAAUACUGCAGAACUCCCCGGCACCCCCUGCUUGAUCAUUCAAGGUGACAUGAUGAAGCCCUCUGGAUGGCUUUUGUCAAUCGAGGGACAUGUCGUGAUGGGCCCACACCCUUUCUUUUUACACGGAGUAGCUGCUUUCUUCAGCAGCUAUUACGUAUUCAACCUUGAGUAUCCUGCCGCUGGAUCUUCAACGCUGGAGUUCAUUCAAAGAUGCUUCCUGGGCAUCAAUCCUGAAAGAGGCUCAAAGACCAAGAAGCGGACAACAAUGAACCCUCAUGUGAGCACCCUUUUGAGGAAACUUAUUGACUUUGAGUGGGCAUCAUAG